UAUGAUUACCUCUUGAUGUUUCCGAAGGAACGGAGAUACAUCUGGGGUGCCAAAUGGACUCCUGGCAAGAUCCUCUUCGUGCUUGUUCGGUACAUGCCAUUUAUAGAUCUGCCACUGUGGCCUUUUGACGCAUUCCUAGCCAAUCUUCCCUUGGAUUGCGACGUCGCCACUUACAUCACGAUAAUUGGCUUGGUCAUCGCUUGCGUCCUGGCUGAUGUGGUGUAUGGGCUUCGGACAUGGGCCUUGUGGAGUCGCAAUCGAUAUGUAGGGUGGUUCCUGCUUUUCGCCGGCGUGGCUUUCAACGGGACAGCAAUAAUCUUUUUAGUGGUGAUCCAGCCCAAUGUUCCUGGUAAGGGUAAUGUCGUUGACCGGAAUUAUUGA